AUGGAUGGUCACCUCCCAGCGGGGCAAAUCGACAUGAGCGAAGUAGCCGAUCUGCUCCUAGGCGACGAGCCGCACGAUCCGUCCACCGAAGGAGAUCUCGAGGUGCAGGAGCUAGAGCAGCGCAUGUGGAAGGACCGUCUCAAGCUGCGUCAUAUCAAGGACGCGACCACGGCGGCGGCGGCGGCGGGCGCGGCGGGCGCCGCGUCGUCGGGCGAGAACGGCGAGUUCGGGGGGCUGAAGUGCCGGCCGGAUUGGGCGGAGGAUGAGGAUGAGGAGGAUCAGCAGCCGCAGAAGCACAGGCCGACUCAAUCGCAGCAAGAUGCGGCGCGGAGGAAGAAGAUGUCGCGCGCGCACGACGGCAUUCUCAAGUACAUGCUCAAGCUGAUGGACGCGUGCAACGCGCAGGGCUUCGUGUACGGAAUCAUCCCGGAAAAGGGCAAGCCCGUGGGCGGCUCGUCAGACAAUCUCCGCAGCUGGUGGAAGGACGAGGUGCAGUUCGAUCGCAGCGGCCCGGCCGCGGUUGCGAAGUAUAACGAAGAGCAGGCGGCGGCGCAGGCGGGGAGAAUGAUGGUGAUGCAAAUGGAAGCGGCUGCGGCUGCGGGGGGAGGGGUUGACGGGAGCGGUGCUGCGGGUGGGGUGGUUGUUGGGCCUGGCGGAGUGCCAUUGGUUGGACCGGGUUCGAUCUCUACACCGCGUACACUUCAAGAUCUGCAGGAUACAACUCUGGGUUCGCUUUUGUCCGCGUUAAUGCAACACUGCGAUCCGCCACAAAGACGGUUCCCGCUGGAAAAAGGUGUACCCCCGCCGUGGUGGCCUACGGGGAACGAAACCUGGUGGCCGCAGCUGGGCCUUCUGCGGGGCAGCGGUUCGCCUCCUUAUAAGAAGCCUCACGAUUUGAAGAAGGCGUGGAAGGUUGGUGUACUGACUUCGGUGCUUCGUCAUAUGGCUCCAAACAUCGCCAAGCCUCGGAAGCUGGUUCGGCAAAGCAAGUGCCUGCAGGACAAGAUGACGGCUCGGGAGACCAGCAUAUGGCACAUGGUUCUCGAUAACGAGGAGGCUUUAUGCAAACAAGAGGCGGCUACUAACGGAACGUUGGCUAUCGGGGCGGCGGCAAGUGAUCCGGGCGGAAAUUCCGCCGCCAUUUCCGGACGGAACGGUCCGAGCUCUCUCCCGCACAGCAACAGCGUCAGCAGCGGCAUGAUCGCGCUCGCUGGCAACAGCGGCGCGGGUCUUAACGGCGCCGGCAGCGGCGCUAGCGGCUUGCCGUCAUCUAUCCAGCGCGGUAACGGCCUUAAAAUCCUCCGCGCGUUCGCGCUCGAGAACUCCGCCAACGCUAACGGCGCCGGUGGCGCGCCUCUGCUCCGAGCCGGCAAUUCUGACGGCCAGCAGGCGAUGGACCGGCAGGCCGUCGAUAGCGGCGUCACGAACAUGGCUCCCUUCUCUCUCGCCGCAUACGACGGCGGCAAUCGCGGCGGCGUUGACGGAACCAGCAGCCCCCGCGGCAACGGCGCAGGGGGCGGAAGUUCCCUGUGCGGAGAGCUUAAGCGCGCAUAUUCUGCGGUUGGCUCUUAUGGCGGAAAUCUUAAUCACUCCGCGUCGGCCGGUGGCAUUGAUGCGAGCGGAAACGAGGCUUCUCUUAACGAGGAUGCGAGACUGCCAUGGGGGAACGGGGAUGGCGCCGCGGGAGACGCUGCGGCAGGGGGGAGAGAUUUGGUUCCCGAGCACAGGAUUUUCAAGUGCCCGUACGAGGGCUGCCCGCGGCGCGAGUGGAAGAACGCAUUUGCGGACCGGAAUCUGAGGAACAUCCACCAAUUGCGGUGCCCCUUCCGUCCUGGUGCUAAGGCGCAGCAGCAGCAACAGGAGCAAGAGCAACAACAGCAGCAGCAGCAGCAGGAGUGCGAAACGACCGCCUCCCCACCUCUCCCCGUCCAUGCUUUCGCCAAUCCUGGCGGUAAUUCCGCUUCUGCUGCUCCUGGUAACUCAGGUGCCCCCUCAGGUGUUCCUUCAGGUGUUCCUUCCACUAUGCCCUUCGGCGCCAAUAACAAUAGCCCCUCAGGUGCGCCCUCGGGAAUUCCGCCCUGGGCUGUGGACCACUCCUCCCAGCCCUCCCUCUCCGUACCUCACAUGACCCUAGGCUCGGGGCUAGGCUCGCCACCGCAUGGCUCCGGACCUGCGGCUCCAAAUUCGGUUCCCGGACCUGGCCCGAUGGGUUGGAUGCAGCAGUGGCCCAUGCCUCACCACCAGCAGCACGGGCAAUUCUCCAUGCCGAUGCAGCAUCCUGGAACCUUCGCCCCUGCCACGUCAUCAUAUGCUGGAUACAACAUGGGCAUGGGGAUGGGAAUGGGAAGCUAUCCCAUGAACGUUCCGCCGUAUCCCGGUCCGGGAACAGGUUCGGCAGCAGGCUCGGGAAUGGGUGCUGCGGGUUUCAGCCAGCCCUUCAACCAUACCUCUCCUGCACUGGGCGUCCAUUCCUCUUCCUCCCCCUACGCUCCAUCUCAUCUUGCCACGUCAGCAGCAGGCGGCGGUGGUUACCCGUUCCUGCAGAUGAUGCCAAACAAUGCCGGCCAGAAACAACAGCAACAGCAGCAACAACAAAUGCUUCCGCCUUCCUUGUCCCUGGCCAGGGCGGGGUCAGUGAACAGUAGCGCGGAGGAGAGGGAGAGGGUGGCAGGGGUAGCAGCAGGAGGAGCAGGGGUGACGGACGCAGGAGGAGGAGGAGAAGGAGGAGGAGGAGGAGACUUGGCGGGACGGGCAGUGUAUGGUGGUGGUUCUACUGGGUUUGGUCCGGAGCUACGAGUUUCCUGUGCUGUGGAGGGCAGCACCAGGAGUCAUGCGAGUGCUGGCGGGCAGCUGAAAUCUCUGCAGGGGGAUGGGAUGGAUGGUUGCGGGCUGCCCGGAAAGGACGGCACGAGGCGAACCAACAGCAGUGGGUUGAUCCUGAGCAAUCAGGGGUGCAUGGUGAUGGGACAAUCCCUAGGUGGUGCGGCGUACCAGAAAUUUGGUGCUAAGACGAGGUGUGACUCUAAGGGGGAUGACUCUAACGGGGAGGAUUCCAGCAGCAAGAGCUGGUCUCAGGAAGGAGGAAAGGACAGCCCUGCGUUACAAGCACAUGAUCAUGUGGAGGGUGGGAGGGGGUUGCUGAUUGGUGGAGGGGGCGUUGGGGGAUGUGAGGAGGAUUUCAGGCACAUUGAUUUCGGUCAUGACCCUCUCAAGGUGUUUGGGUAUCUGGAUGAGGAUGGGCAUGCACACAUGCAUUAG